AUGGAAUUAACACCCACACAGUUGGAUAUUGUCAACCAUAAUUAUGAUCCACAGACAGUACUUUCAAUUCAAGCAGGGCCAGGAACGGGUAAAACAUUUGCACUAAUCAAAAGAAUACAGAAACUCAUUGCUGAUGGUGUGCCUCCACAAAGUAUUGUCGUGCUUUCAUUGACAAAUAGAACGGUUAAUUCAUUGAGGUCUGCGCUUUCCGAGUAUAUCGGAGGUGAUACAGGUGAUGUAGUUAUAAAGACAUUUCAUUCUUUUGCCUUUGAUUUGAUUGAGUCCAAUUUGCAAGAGUAUUUUCCUGAAAAGGGUCGACAGAUGUUGUUAGAUGAUAUAAGUUUUCAAAACUAUAGGACAUUAUUUAUGACUGGUAACAGUGUUAAGCAGCUCCAUUUGGAAAAGGCAUUACUGGAGGUUAGAGAAGGUAAAGAUGUAGCUAAUGUGGCAGAGAAGUACGGGAUUUCGCAGUCAGAUUUGCAUGAAACGAUAAAGUUUCUUAACGACAACGGCAUGAUUAGAUAUCUGGAUUUCAUAAGAGACGCAAUUGAAUUAUUAGAUGUAUCCAAGGGUGAGAUUGUCAAGGAUAUACGUGUGUUGAUAAUUGACGAGUUCCAGGAUAUGCAGCCUCAGUUGGUGACAUUUAUUGAAAAGUUGGUUGAAGGUGGAAACAAGCACAUUACUUUGGCGGGCGAUUCCAACCAGUGCAUAUAUGAAUUUUUAGGCUCUUCGCCCGAUAUAACACAGAAGUUUGUAUCAAGUUUAGGUUGGGAAACUGAAGAAAUUUGUUUGAAUGAAUCGUUUAGAUUGACGCCAGAGAAUCUUCACAUAUCAAAUAUGGUCAUAGACCAAAACAAACUUGUAUCCAAGAAAGAACCAUCAGCUGAGCCAACAGUGUACUCAUUGGUUUCAAAAUACGAUGAAUACAAUUACAUUGGCAGUGAGAUUGCGCGAUUGAUUUGCCAGCUGGGAGGGCUAUUGAAGUUUUCUGAUUUUAUGAUUCUUGCCUCUCAGAAUCGUGAGGUUGACAGUAUUAGCGAAUUCAUGACCAAUCAUUUUGGGUUUAAUGUGAAUAAGUACUCACUGAAUUCAGAGUGGGUGAAUUCGAACACACACGUGUUAAUUGACAUAUUAAGUAUAUUGAAUAAAGGCAGGGGUUCUGAUUUAGCAUUGCUUUGCACAUUGAUGAAGUUGGGAAGCUUGAAGCAGCUUAUACGUGAGCUAUAUUUGGGCUAUAGGUUGUCGCAAAGCACGUCUUUAGAGGACUAUUUGAAAUCCGAGUCAGCUAGUUGCAAAUUCAAUAGCAAACCGCGUAUUAAGUUCAAACGACAAAUUGAUUUGCUUUUGAAUGUGAUUGAAGAGGAGAGGAAGAAUCUUGGUGACGCCGUUUCUAUUAUGUCAAGUUUAGCAAGGAUUGUUAGGGAAACUGACAUCAUAACAUACUUGAACAAACCUUCCCGGGGCCAUAAAGACCAAGAAAACGAAAUCAAGUUGGUGAACAACCUCACUUCCUUUUAUGAGUCGUUGAGUUUGUCUUAUAAGAAAACCCCAUCGUUGGACUACUUUUUGAAUAACUAUCCAGAAGACGAGCCUGUGCUUGAAGAGCGUUCGAUUAAUGUGUCUACUGUUCAUAAGGCAAAGGGUUUAGAGUUCCCGGUUGUUUUUGUUACAAAUUUCCCAGGCUAUUUCGGUUCGGCAAACGAAAGGUUGUUGUAUGUUGCGUUGACACGAGCUAAAAACUUGCUAUACACGGGGUACCAGGGCAACACCUUUCAAGCUUAUAGUAGUAGUCGAGGGUUUGAAAUGAACAGAACAUGGAUCACUAAUGCCGCAAGAGAUUUAAAUAGAAGUGCUCCCUCUAAACAUUUGUUAAAUGCUAGCAUGCGUAUAUUAAAAACUAGUCGACUAAUUUAG